ACGCCCAAGCACUCACCAAACCAACCGGAACGCGAGACCACCGCACCUCCCAAACGCCCAGCCAAAUGCGAUAGCGAUAGCGAUUAACGAAGCCGCCUCGUCAUUCGCCAUUCAUUUUAUCUCCCCCCCAGCAAAAACCCACCAGGAAAAAACAAAGAGAAUAUUCCUAUACACAAGAAAGUGUCAAACUUCAAUGAAAUCCCCAAUGUGAAAAUUCCCAAUUUUUGUGCAUUCAUCUUCCAGUUUUUCUCGUCCCCGUCCCACCCCGAUAAAUCCAAACCACCAUCCCUUCUUCUGGUGGGUAGCUGAACUGGCCAUGAGGGUUUGGGUGGUGAUGUUGAUUGCGUGGGUUGCCGUUUCGGAUCCGGUCGAAGGCUCGCCGACCAGCGCUGUUUGCGAGAAGGAGUCGCUUGCGGGAUCGAUCGUAGGGUUUGGGGAUUCUCGCUGUUCGUUGGAUGGUCGGAGUGACUCUUUCAACUUCGUUGGCGUCACCGAGGGUGACGAGCUUUCACUGCUAAGGGCACUGAGUAUGGUCCACAAGAAUAGCGAGGAGUACGUAGCUGAGCUUUUCUAUGCAUCAUGGUGUCCUUUCUCAAGGGUGAUCAGACCACGUUUUGCCCUCCUAUCCUCUUUGUAUCCCUCCAUUGCUCAUUUUGCAAUUGAAGAAUCAUCUGUACGCCCAAGCAUCCUCUCAAAAUAUGGUGUCCAUGGGUUCCCGAUGCUUUUCCUAUUGAAUUCCACACUUAUUGUAUCCUACCAUGGCCCUCGGACCCUUGAUUCUCUUGUGACUUUCUACGGUGUUGUCACUGGUAUGAAGCCUUUGACCUCGGAGUGGUCAUCAUUGGAGGAAAUGAGAACCCUAUCAAAUUAUGAGAAGCAUGAUACCACCGAGCCGGAAAGCUGCCCAUUCUGGUGGGCAAGAUCACCUGAGAAUAUGCUCAGGCAUGAAACAUAUCUGGCUUUGGCGACCGCGUUUGUGCUCUUGAGAUUGCUGUACUUCCUCUAUCCAACUCUCGCCACAUGCGUUCGGUGGGCAUGGAGAAGGCACAUCCAAAAUAUGGGUUUGCUGAGCUUGUUAGGCCAUUUCCUGGCUUAUCUUAAGCGGGCCACGCAGCUAUCACAGUCUAUUAAAGAACCACGCAAGAGAAGCAAUUUACAGGAAGGAGCGAGGAAUGCUGGUGUUUGGGCUUCCAAAUCCCUUGCUACCGUUUCGAUCGGGGAUGCAAGCACGAGCAGGAGUCAUUGAUCAUUUAGCAAAUGAUGAUGCGAUUCAAGACUUUUGGUAUGGAAAGUCACAGUGAGAACUCGGCAGCAGAACCUCGUUGCAUAAGCUCAUCUUUAGACAGGCUAAGCAUUAAACGUGGACAACUGAUAAUCUGAUGAUCGUUUUGAUCACUUUGUAUUCUUAUUCCUGAUGAAUGACAUUCGGUCAGAUUUGUACAUUGAUAUCCUUUGGAGGAAGUAGAUUUUGAAGCUUCAUUGUGGCAAAACAUGAUCAUCAUGAUUGUUGGAGAAGGCACUAUUUUAUCUUUUUUGGGGUA